UGCAGCGAAAGCACAAGUUAUGACGUCAUAGGCUCAGCGUCACACACAUUUUUUCUAUAUAAAAGGUUCGCAGAAUUGAGAAACACGGCAUUCCUUUCCGACAAUGCUGGCAUACCUACUCUGUUCGCACCAACAAUCUUAAACCUCUCUCUCUUCUACUGUUUCCGUUGAUUAGAGUUUUGUUUUUCUCUCUGUUUUGCUAUGGAAAAUAAGAAGAGAGAAGCGAGGAACGAUGAGGAUCGCGACGACGAGAACGAUGAGAUGAAGAUGGAGAAGUUUUACUCGCUCUUGAGAAGCUUCCGCGACGCACGUGAUCGGCGCCGAAGGGAAUUAAUGGAGUUGGAGAAGAACGAGAGCAACCGGAAAAAGAUGAAGACCACCACCACUACAUCAACUACGGCCAAGCCAGAAGUUGCUUUCGAAUUUCAGGACUUUACCACCGAUAUUCACUUCAGAAAACCACCUUUGGUUUUUCCCAAUCCAAGUUCACGCGCCGCAAGCAAAGAUAUCAUCAGCAAUGGUAAGAAGAACGCAGAACAACAUGAUGUAGCUCUCGACCUCAAACUCGCUCUCUAGCUACGCGCUUUCAACAACCGUCGCCAAGACCACAGCCCUUCAAUUUUUUCGGAGUGUUUUUUUUCUUCCGCUUAUACAAUUAUUGUCUUAUAUGGUUCUGUGUAUCCGAAAAAAAAACGUGAGUGUAUUUUACGUAAGAUAAAUACAAAGAACCUUUUUGACAAAGAAAAAUAAAAAAACACUCAUGUUAAAA